GCGGUUGUUUCAAACAUGGAGGAGACGGAAAGGAAAAGUGUCAACCCGGGUAGAGAAGAGCCGGCUGUGGAACCCUCCGCCAGCACAUCGUCCAAAAACCCCGUUUGCAGUCUGGAGGCAGACAGUAAAGCCGCGGGCGGUGACGUAGAGCGGACGAAUGUUUGUUCUGACAUGUUUGACCCGCUGCUGGCCCUGUACUCUCCGACCCAACCGCAGGUCCCUUUUCCGAACAUCAAGUGCUUCAACAAUGUGGCAGAAUACGAAAGCUUCCUGAAAGGUGGCAGGGGCCGAGCCAAACCGGAGAACGUUGAGAAAAAACGGUUAAAGGCCAUGAAAGGCGUGGUGGACCAGGAGCGCAUCGAGAGGCUGAAGAAGCUUAUGGUGUCGGCCCCGGAGGAGGGGGAGAGCAGCGGCCCUGCCCCGCGGAGGAGGAGGCCGAAGCCGCAGAGCAACGUCCUCACCCGGAUGCCCCUGUGUAAGGGCAGUCCUCUGGGGGAGCUCUACCGCUGCGUUGAGGAGAGGAUACGAGUCAAAGUUCACAUCAGGACCUUUAAGGGUCUGAGAGGAGUGUGCUCUGGCUUCGUGGUGGCCUUCGACAAGUUCUGGAACCUGGUCAGGGACCCCUCUUGCCGUCUGUCGCCGGCGAUGGUGGACGUCGAUGAGACGUACAGGGAGCCUUUGUUUGGGGAAGCGCUUUACCACGAGAAGGCUCUAACCGUUACGCGGCUCUUCGAGAAGCUAAAGCUCCAGGAAAGCCCCGAGGGCAACGAGCCAGAGAAACAUCAGGCAUCUGGGGGCAAAGCCCGCCAGCAUCAACCUGCAAAUCCUAAAGCCGCUUCAAAAGGCUGCGCCGCUCCCGCCGCUGAUGCGAGGGGGGGGGAGAGGGCGGAGCCAGGAGCUGCUCAGGGCAAGCAAGGUGAAAACAGAGUUCCAGCCAAGGCCCUUCAGAAAAAGGAUUCCCAGACCUACGGGAAAGUCCGAACGCGCCACAUCAACCAGCUGUUCAUCCGCGGGGAGAACGUUGUGCUGGUUAACCCUCAGCCCCUGUGA